AGGGUUUCAUUAUGAGGACAUCCCAAACCAUGGCCAUCAAAAUGCAGGCAAAGCAAGGCAAGCUUACAACUAUAUACAUAUAUACACAUAGAGAAGUAAUAGUAUUCUGCUUCAUUUUAAUUUAUUAGUUUAGGAAAUUAGAAGGGCAUCAUCAGGGGCUUGAAAAGAUUGGAUAGAAAGCAUUGGAAAUAAUGGAUUUAUUUUUUUAUUUGUCUCCCUCAUUAGGCUUUUUCUUUUUGAAAAUUAUCUGUCAGUCAUACACUAACAAUAAUAUUGCAGCAAAUGGCACCCAACUAGUAAAGGUUUGGUAUCCAUAUCUUUCUCUAACCUUGGACAUAUAUGUACACUCCAAAAUGAAAAAGCAGUUGUUUAGUUUCUUGAGAGACGAGUCUGUACAUGGAGAUUAGUUAGGUGUUCAUUCGAAAGGUAAACAUGAAAAGGGGAAAAUUCCAUCAAAGUGUCUAAUAUUUAUCAUCAUUUCAUCAAAAACAAAUAUAAUAAUAAAUUAAUAAGCAUUUAAUAUUCGAUGGGGCGUAUCAUCAUUUUAGUUAAGGAAUAUAAAGUUUGAAAUCUGUAGUCACGAUGAUAAUAAGAAAGUAACCGUUACUGCCCAAAGAUUAAGACAUAAACGAAGGAAAGAAAGAGGAUUAUAUAUGGCAGUGGCUUUCAGUGAUUGCUUAAGAUUAAGGAAAUGUCAGUAUUCCUCUCUUUGCGGUCAUUUCCUUAAAGAGACCGGCUCUCUCAAAUUUGUCUAAGUGGUUUUAUUGUUGUUGUUUGGGGAGGGGGGUGUUUUGGCAUUAUAUAUGCUACCACCAAGUGCCAACACUGAGACACAAAAGCGCAAAGAUGGUGAUGGCGGGUCAUAGCCAUGUAUUUGGAGGCGAAGAACAGCUCCCUCUUGCUAUUGCUGAUCACCCCGACCCUUUUGUGUUAGAGCUCACCCGAUUGCAGAACCGACUCAAAGAAAAGGACCGAAAGUUGGGAGCUGCUCAGGCUGAAAUCAAGGCAUUGAGAGCAACAGAAGCGCUCAAGGAUAAGGUCAUAGAAGAGCUCGGUGAAGAAGUUCAAACGUUGGAUGAGAAACACAGGGUCGCUGAGAAUCUGCUCCAACAAAAGAAUCUCGAAAUGAAGAAACUGGCAGAUGAGAAGAAAGAUGCAGUGGCUGCACAAUUUGCUGCGGAAGCAACUCUCAGAAGAGUUUAUGCAAGUCAAAAGGAUGAUGAGGAUGUGUCUAUGGAGUCAAUCAUUGCUCCUCUUAAGGCUGAGAUUAAAAUGUACAAAAAUGAGAUUGCAGUGCUCCACCAGGAUAAGAAGGCUUUGGAACGUCUCACAAAGUCAAAGGAAUUAGCUUUGAUCGAAGCAGAGAGGAUUUUGCGAUCUGCUUUAGAAAGGGCUUUAAUAGUUGAGGAAGUUCAAAACCAAAACUUGGAGUUAAGGAGGCAGAUUGAGAUUUGCCAGGAGGAGAACAAAAUCCUUGAGAAAACUAAUCGCCAAAAGGUCUUGGAGAUUGAAAAGCUUAGCCAAACCAUUAAGGAACUUGAAGAGGCCAUUUUGGUUGGUGGGGCUGCUGCUAAUUCUAUCCGUGACUGUCGGCGACAGAUUUCUCAACUUCGGGAGGAAAAGAGGACACUUGAGAGGGAGCUCGCUAGAGUUAAAGUUUUGGCAAACCGUGUAGCGACCGUGGUGGCUAAUGAAUGGAAGGACGAAAAUGACAAAGUAAUGCCUGUCAAGCAAUGGUUGGAGGACAGAAGGCUGCUGCAGGCAGAGAUGCAAAGAUUGAAGGACAAACUAUCUAUGUCAGUGAGAACAGCAAAGGCAGAAGCACAGCUUAAGGAUAAGUUCAAGCUAAGGCUCAAGAUUUUGGAAGAUGGAUUAAAACAUAUAUCAAGUAUCUCAAUCAAUCCUAAUGCAUCUUACGGGUCCCCAAAACCAGAAAAGUCCAGUAACAUCUUAGGAUUUUUAACAAGCACCGGUGGACUAAAGAAGAGGUCUACCUCUCAGCCAAGGGCUUCUACCAUCAGUACAAGUUCUUCCCUGCAACGGCCAAGGGCAACAUCAGGAGAAAACAUGGUAAGAAAAAAAUUGUGGGCAUCUAGGUGUAAGGUUGCUGAUAGCAAUGAGAAGGAAAAUGCAGAAAUGAAGGUAAACGGGGACAGCAGUGUACGCAAAGACGGUGACACAAAAGAUUCGGCCGAAAUAAAAAGUAAUGGAGGUAGCAAUGAACAGACAGGAAACAGAGGAAUUGCUGAUAGCAAUGCCGAAGAUAUGGUUUCAGGAUUUUUGUAUGAUAGGCUUCAGAAAGAGGUCAUCAAUUUAAGAAAGUUGUGUGAGGCUAAAGACAGUAGUUUGAAUACUAAAGAUGAAGAAAUAAAGAUGCUCAUGAAGAAGGUUGAAGCAUUCUCAAGAGCCAUGGAAGUGGAGGCUAAACGGGUGAAGAGAGAAUCACUAGCGAAAGAAAAGGAAAAUGGAUCAGCGAAAAUGGGUGAUGAUACCAAAAAGAUGAAACACAAAAAGUCCUCUAAGACCAGAAGUAGCAGGGGUAACCCAAACAUCUUGAUCUUGAAGACUCCCAUGAAGGGUGGAUGUUGAAGAAAACUUGGAAAUUGAUUUGAUUCUUGUUCUGUGUUUGUAGUUUUCAAUUCACUGUAAAUUAUUGUUGAAUUUUUUUGCUGAUGGUAGGUAGCUAGUUAAAAUAAAGUUAAAUGAUUGAUGAAAUUGGGUCUGUAAAAAAAAGGGUUUGGCUGUGGGUGAACGUUGGAGAUCUAAACUUGUAACAUCCUAGGAAUAGGAUUCCUUUGGUUUUCUGAUUGAUGGAAUGAAAUUGCUUUUUGCAA